CAUAAAAGCAUCACGUCCCUUUCAUUGAAACUCAUUUUUUUAUAUACUUGUCAUAACUAAAGGACUUCGUAGUGAAGCAAACAUGUCUGUCUCAAGUUUUGCAGCUCCAAUUGCAGCUGGUGGAUCAACCUAUCUUGGUUUAAAAUCCAACAGCUCCAUGGUUUUUCCUGCUAAGGAUAGUACAAUCACUUGGGGUCGAAAAAAUAUUUCCAAUGGCUCUAAAACUUACUGCAUGAAGACUUGGAAUCCGAUCGACAAUAAGAAGUUUGAGACACUGUCAUAUCUUCCACCUAUAUCAGCAGACUCGAUUGCAAAGGAGGUUGAUUACAUGAUCAAAAAGGGUUGGAUUCCAUGCCUUGAAUUUGAUCAGGCGGGAUACGUACAUAGGGAAAAUAGCAGCAUGCCAGGUUAUUAUGAUGGGAGGUACUGGACACUGUGGAAGUUGCCCAUGUUUGGUUGCAAUGACUCUUCCCAAGUUCUCAAUGAAAUCCAAGAAUGCAAGAAAGCUUACCCAAAUGCUUUUAUUCGUUGCUUGGCAUUUGACAAUGUUAAACAGACCCAGUGCAUGGCCUUUCUCAUUCAAAAACCUGCAGCAUAAAAGCUGCUACCUAUGGCCUUAAUUUGCUGCCUUUUAAUUGUUGUCUUUCUGUUUUUUUGGAAAACACUGAGCUUCGCCCUUAAGGGUGAAAGGUGCGAGAAUUGAACUCAAGACCUAAAGGUUUAUGGUUGAAGUCGUA